AUGACCAGCCUGUUCCGCCGGAGCAGCGGCGGCAGCGCGCGCGGAGCCUCCGCACAGCAGCUCAACAACAGCCGCCCCGGCAGGCAGGUCCGGCGCCUGGAGUUCAACCAGGCCAUGGAGGACUUCAAGACCAUGUUCCCCAGCAUGGACUACGACAUCAUCGAGUGUGUGCUGAGAGCCAACAACGGCGCUGUGGACGCCACCAUCGACCAGCUCCUGCAGAUGAACCUGGAGGGCAGUGGCGGUGACGACAGCUCGGACUCUGAGGACAGCAUCCCCCCGGAGAUCCUGGAGCGGACCCUGGAGCCAGACAGCUCGGAUGAGGAGCCCCCUCCUGUCUACUCCCCUCCUGCCUAUGAGAGCCAGGCCCUGGGCAGCCGCUGCCCCCAUGCGCCACCCACCCCCCCACCCAGGACGGACGUGCCGGGGCCUGGCAGCACCCCAGGGCCCAGGCGCUACAGGAACUGGAACCCACCGCUCCUGGGCAACCUCCCCGAGGACUUCCUCCGCAUCCUGCCCCAGCAGACCAUGGGCACACAGGUGAGGCUCACUGCCCCCUCCAGCCUCUCCCGGCAGGGGGCGCCACGGGGGCUGCCCUCACGGGGCCAGGGCUCGCUGGAGCAGGAGCGGCGCUGGAAGCAGUACCUGGAGGACGAGAGGAUUGCACUCUGCCUGCAGAACGAGGAGUUCAUGAAAGAGCUCCAGAGGAACAGGGACUUCCUCCUUGCCCUGGAGAGAGAUCGAUUGAAAUACGAGUCCAAAAAAUCCAAGUCGAGCAGUGCUGCUGCCAGCAACGACUUGGGCUGCUCCUCCGCAGUGCCCUCUGGAAGCAGCGAGGCCAGUGGUGCUGUGUCUGACGAUGCCUUAUUCAGAGACAAACUGAAGCACAUGGGAAAAUCCACGCGCAAGAAGCUGUUCGAGCUCGCCAGAGCCUUCUCUGAGAAGACCAAGAUGAGGAAACCCAAACGGAAACACUUGCUGAAGCACCAGCUAAUGGGGACAGCAGCUUCCACAGCAAAUCUUCUCGAUGAUGUCGAAGGACAUUCAUGUGAUGAAGACUUCCAAGCGCGGAGGCAGCAGCUCCGGGAGGAGGAGGAGAUGCCGAAGGAAGGGCAGUAAAUGGUCCCAGCACUGGGGUUUGGUGCUGGCACAGGACCUGCUCAAGGCUUCAGAGGAAGAUGGCUGAAAGAGGAAACAAAAGCACCCAACAAUAACCCAGAGGUUUGGCUGCUCCCCCUCUGCUGUUGUACUCCUCUGCAGUACAAGUGCUGAAGCGAGGCACCAGGUUUGCUUACCAGCAGUUUGACAACAACUUCUAGAGAGCAAAUCAGCCAAAAAGGAAAACAAAACAAAAGGAAUAAUAACAAAAGCUGGCAGCUGCUGUGGAGGAGCUGCUGUGGAGGAGCUCAGACUGGGGAGGAGCAGCAUCCAGCCUGCUCGCUUGGUCUGAGGAGCAGUGCAAGGAGGAGCGGAAAUCAGUUGUGCUAAGGAGGAAGCAUCCAGCUGUGGGGUCUGCUUGGCUCCUGGGCAUAUCCCUCUAGGAUCUGAUGGAACUUUGCUCUGUGCACACAGGACACAAAACAACCACCUGAGAGAGAACCUAACAACUGCUGGCUGCUAUUGCUAGGAGUAAGGGGCAGAGGCUCAGGUCAGGUAAUAGUAAGAGAACAGAAAUUGUUUAUAAAAGGAAAGGCCUCUAUUGCCAAGACCUUUCACUUGGAUUAAACCUUUGCCUUUGGCAUUGCUAAAACUGCCUUGAAGUGGGGCUGCUGUGUGCAGGGGCAGUGCCCAGGGCUGUGCUGGCAUUGCUGUGACGCUGCCUGCCCCAGAGCACGAUGCGGCCUGCCAGGCUCAGCUCAGUGCUGGGCCUGGCUGCUGGGCAGGGUGCUCAGUGGCUCUGGGGAUGCCCAUU